CGCCACGGAGCACACCAAUAAAAAGUCCGCGUUCUGAUUUGGAAUUUGGAAAUGCCCAAACGUCUGGCUCACAAUCUCUUAAACCCCACAAUCUGUUUAUACCAUAUUAUUUCAAGUCUGCAAUCAGAACUUGGGUGAAUACUAACAUGUACAUGAAAGUGAAAUCGGAAAAGAGAAAAAGAACCUAGAACAACAUGACAAAAUUUUUUGGUUCAUUUCAUAUGCUCCGAAUCUUCCUUCACCAUGAGGUCCAUGACUCCAUUCAUUACUAUAAAUUAUUAAACGGCCUUCCACCAACUUUUCCACAAUUGCGGAGAAGACCAAAUAUUUCCAGCUUUCAGAGCCAAUUUGCCAGCCACAUUGUAUAACAAUGGCCACCGCAAGAAUGUUGAAUCGUGGUGGUUGUGUAUCUUCUUCGACUUACAAAAGUAACGGGUUUUCGGAAUUAAGGUCAUCUAUGCUUAAAGUAAGAUGUAUUAGCAACAAUAAUGGUGGAAGUGGAGAGAACUGGUUGCCUUGUACUAAUAAUCAUGCUAAUAAAGUUGAGAAGAAGAAUGGUGUUUCCCCUGUUGAAGUCAAGGCUUCAACUUCAGGGUGUGUUAUUAUCACCUCAACACCGACAAAGAGUGACAGAUUGGCGGAGUUGGCCGGGUUGCUUGGGGAUGCAGCUGGUUUGUUCUUUGCAUUUAUCCGGAGGUUAAGUCUUGUCAUCAAAUCAAUACCCUGGAUAUGGCAUUUGCAGAUGUUCAUGGAAAAGGUGAUAGUGGACUGCCGAUUCUUUACCAUGCUUGCAGUUGGAGGAACGUUGCUUGGUUCAUUACUUUGCUUCGUCGAGGGAUGUGUUUUGAUAAUAGAGUCAUACGUGAAGUAUUUCCAUUCCAUGUCUCAAGGUUCAGCACAAGAACAUCUUGUUCACCUACUAAUCGAAGCCAUUGACAUGUUUUUGGUAGCUACUGCAAUGCUUGUCUUUGCGACGGGGUUACACGUCAUGUUUGUUGGAUCAUCAUCUGGCUUUAGAGGCAAAGGGUCACAAAUUUUCCUACAACCAAACUUUAUCAAGGUAAAUGAUAAUCACGAUAGAAGUUUGGAAUAUUUAUUCAUAAAAAAAAACAAGCAUAUUGAUUACUAAUAAAAAUAUCUUUGAGAUUUUGACUCAUGGAAUGUUUAUAUUUUGGUGGUUAGACAUUGCCGUCAAGGGUGGGAAUUCACACAGUAAUGCAAGCCAAGUCCAAAAUCGGGCAAGCUGUGAUAAUGAUACUUCAAGUGGGAAUGUUGGAGAAGUUCAAAACUAUACCUUUGGUUACCAGUCUUGAUUUUGCUUGUUUCGCAGCCGCCGUUUUCGCUUCUUCCGCUUGCACAUUCCUCCUUUCAAAACUGGCUAUUAGAAGGUAGAUUAUUAGCUGAACCAUCCAAUAAUCCCAGCCGAAUACGGUGCAAAGUUUUGCUGUAAUAUAGUAGAGUCCUGAUAGGAAUCAAUCAAGGAAAAAAACUUGUACUUAAAUAAAGAUGUAGAAUCUGAAGAGAUUGGUGGUAGAAGGUUCUCCGUACUUAUGAGAAGCAUAAUUGGUUCAUUUGUUUUGUAAUUUUUGAUGGUUAUUAUUACUUUUGUCUGCUUCGCCGUAGGAGAAAUCCCAGUAGAUACCCAGUAUAUUCUACUCUCUCUUUUUUUUUCUUUUUUUGGGUCAAUUAGAUUUCUACUAUUCUAAUCAAAUGAAGUCAUUCAAAUUCCAAGCUUGCCAUACACCAUGAUGUUGAUUGGUAUUAACACUUAACGAACAGGGACAAUGAAC